GGCGGUAUCAACAUGGCGGCUUUCUGAGUUUGAGAAGAGAAACUGAGUUGUAAAUAAACUCUUCGUGCACAAUUCGAACAACUUUACAAAAGCUUUAUUCUAGAAAUUAAUUAAUGAGCUAUCGCUCAGAAGACUAAUUAUGGCGAGCGAUGGCAACAAAAAGCAGUUUUGGAAAAGAAAUACAGCUAAGGUUCCUGGAAAUAUCCAGCAUGUUUAUGGAGCCCAGCAUCCGCCAUUUGACCCUCUCCUACAUGCCAACUUGAUGAAAGCAGGAAACAGGCCUCCCUCUACCAGCACACCAGGAAAGCCAAAGAAAGCCACCACCUUCCAAGAGUUUGAGAGCAUCACGAGUGACGCCUGGGACGUUGCAGAUGAUGACGAUGAACUUCUUGCAAUGGCAGCCCAGAACCUCAACAUUGAGGUCGUCAUGGAGACUGCCAAUAAAGUGAUAGAAAACCACAGCAAGCUGCAGGAGCAGAGACAGCAGCAGAUGGACAAGAUCACUGAGCCUGAUGAGAAAGAUGGAGAGGAAGUGCAAGAGGAAGAGGAGGAAGAGCCAGAGGAAGAGAGAGAGGAAGCAGCAGAGACAUCAACAGAUCUGAGGUUCACUUCAGAUUUUCUGCCGCACAGUGACCACAGACUGGUGAAGUCACACAGCGAGGCGCCUGUCGCCUCCCCUAAAGAGGUGGGUGGCGAGUAUGUAGGACUCCAUAGACAGCAGUCACUCCCACACAGACCCGUCAUUCCACUGGUGGCCCGUAUGGCGGAUCAGAACACUUCCGGAACACCAGCCAUGACAGAGAGAGAGGCGUCACGGCUUGACAAGUUCAAGCAGGUUCUUGCCGGUCCGAAUACUGAUUUGGAGGAGCUACGGAAGUUAAGCUGGUCUGGAAUUCCAAGGCAUGUUCGGCCCAUCACAUGGAAGCUGCUCUCAGGGUAUCUACCUGCCAAUGCUGAGCGCAGAGAAAGCACACUGCAGAGGAAGAGACAAGAGUACUUUGGCUUUAUCGAGCAGUACUACGACUCUCGCAAUGAUGAACACCACCAGGACACAUACAGACAGAUUCACAUAGAUAUUCCCCGAAUGAGUCCAGAAAGUUUAGUUCUGCAGCCCAAGGUAACAGAGAUUCACAUUGACAUUCCGAGAACUAAUCCUCUUAUACCUCUCUUUCAACAAGCUUCUGUGCAAGAGAUAUUUGAGCGGAUUCUGUUCAUCUGGGCGAUUCGGCAUCCGGCCAGCGGUUACGUCCAGGGCAUCAAUGACCUUGUCACACCCUUCUUCGUUGUUUACGUUUUUGAGUAUAUUGUGACAGCUAGUGCCAUAGAUGCAGCAUCACGCAAAAACAGAAGUACUCAAGAAGAGGAAGAGGUGGAAAAUUUCAAUGUUUCCAGCUUGCAGGAAGAGGUGUUGCGGAACAUCGAGGCUGACAGCUUCUGGUGCAUGAGCAAGCUCCUGGACGGAAUUCAGGACAACUACACGUUUGCCCAGCCGGGGAUCCAGAGGAAAGUAAAAGCAUUGGAGGAGCUGGUCAGCCGGAUUGAUGAGACGGUUCAUCGGCACAUGCAGCAGUAUGAGGUGGAGUAUUUGCAGUUUGCCUUCCGCUGGAUGAACAACCUGCUGAUGAGAGAAUUGCCUCUGCGCUGUACAAUUCGCCUGUGGGACACUUACCAGGCGGAGCCGGAAGGAUUCUCUCAUUUCCAUCUAUAUGUGUGUGCCGCCUUCCUGGUCCGAUGGCAGAAAGAGAUAUUGGAGGAGAAGGAUUUCCAGGGUCUGAUGAUUUUGCUCCAGAACCUACCCACAAUGCACUGGGGAAAUGAGGAAGUGAGCGUUCUCCUGGCUGAAGCGUAUAGGCUGAAGUUUGCCUUUGCCGAUGCACCCAACCAUUACAAGAGAUGAGGCUCCGCCUUGCACAACUACUAAAUGCAUCUACCCCAGCCAGCCAUGGUGGUGCCACUGGCUGCAUGAUGAUAUUAAACUAAUACCAUGAGAUUUUUUAAGGGGAUAGGAAUGUGUACAGUGGUCGGCAACUGUUCCUGGAAUUUUUCUGCAACACUCCAAACGCCAUGAGGUUUUCUUCUUCAAUUUCAUUACAGCCCUCUUCUAAAAAUGUUUUCAAGAAAGAGUUUCACGCAGUGAAUUCGUGGAAAAGUUCAUUUAUACAGACAGCUGACCCAUCAACACUGAUUGGUCGCCACAGCAACGACCGGAUGGCCCAAUUGAUUCAAGGCAAUAAACAAACAUUACUGAGACAAGAUGGUUUAUAAACACUCGCAGUAAGACCUUUCGGCUUAAACAACGUCUAUAAACACUUAUUUUAACCUUGGUCUACCUCAGGAAGCUGCCAGGAGUCAUAAGGUGAUGAUUUUGUCUCUGUAUUAGAACAAUGUCCAUGAUACUUUGGGAGUCAAUAGUAUCAGCCUUACUUUGGUGAGGAGAAUGCAAACUGAAGAGCUGAUUAAAUUUCUGCUUUCUCAGUUGCCCAUGGGACUGUCAGUUUGAUGUCCAGUUUUGAUAUUGAUGUAAUAAUCCAUUCUGACUGUAUGAUGCUGUCAUUAAUAGGCGUGUUUGGGGAUAUCAGCUUCAGAUUUUUGACAUUUGUCAGUAUUUGAUCUGUGCGCUGCUUCAAUCAUGUCAUCAAGCUUCUAAAUGUGUGUGCCAGUUCUUACAACUAAAUGUAAGUGAAACUGCACUUAAUAAGAGUCUAUUUCCUCCUUUUUGUAGAAGAUAUAUUCUAUGAAUCAGUUUUUUUUUUAAUCCUACUUUUUUUUUUCUCUUUUAUUUACUGUUUACAUGAGCCUGUCAAGUUGUGCCUAACUCUACAGAUUAAUGACAUCACAGAUAUUUAUUUUACUUUGAUGAUAAUUUAGGAGCAUUUGCAGUCACUCCCAUUAUGUUUUAACAUGGAGUGAAUUCUGCAGCUCUUCUGGUCACCAUUGGCUGUUUGAUGGAUGGUAUAAACUGUACUCUAACUGACGCUCAGUGCCUAUACACAUGGGCGCUACAGUACAUGCCAUGCAGUACUGGUGAAUUUUUUGAAUACCAAACUUUAUGGCUUGUUUUCUUGACUUCAACCUACAGAAAUGUCUGGAUGGAUUUUAAAAGAGGUGUGGGUGAAACGUUCUGAAAUGUUCUUGAUUAAAUAGCUGUGUACAGAAUUAUGUUUUCAAAGAUGUGUAAAUACAAAAAAAUGUAAAU